UCUCCGGCAGAUCCUUUGCCGUUCCCCCUCCUUCUCUUUCUCCCCCUCCCCACAGCGCUCCUGGGGAACAAUCGCCGCCGCCCGAGGUUCACUCUCCCACCAGCCCUGAAAACCGGGCUCCUAUUUAGGAAGUCAUUAAUCACAUCCCCUCCCCCGGAAAGAGAUGGCGGAGAAACCUGUGAAGCCCAGUGCCUCCCCCAUCCCCCUCGAGGAGCGCUCCGAAGGGCCGAGCCCGGCGCUCCUCAGGUGCCGCCCGCCCCGCCGCCCCCGCGUGUGUGCGCUCCGUCCGCGUGCGCGUGUGUCACCGCGGGUUCCCGCACGGCGCCGCGCGGGUGAGCUGCCGAAAAAAAAAGAAUGAAAAAAAAGCCGCGUUGGAAACGCCGUGUUCAUUCAUAAAUUAUUUCGGUGUGUCAGGCUUGUAGCGAAGGCGAUUGGCUGCCGCCGCUUCUCCCAACCCCUUCAGGACCCGAUGCGAAAUUAGUAGCGAGAAAGCAUGUAAUUGGCAAAGUCACGUGUGCGCGGGGGGCCAGAGACCGAGCGCCAGAGAAAGGGAAAAGGCAAAAGGGGGAAAGCACGUUGGACCAUGCGAGCGAAAUUGGGGCUCGUGCAGACGCAGGAUGUUGGGUUAAAGCAGAAGAGCACUUCGAUCCAAAGGGAAAGUUUUCAUCUCACGAGUUUGGAGCAGAGGGCCCGUGGGGCAACAUGGCCGAAGCAGGGGCGAGUAAAGGCGGCGAGGAGCCCGGGCGGCUGCCGGAGCACGAGGAGGAGGAGGAAUCCCCGCUUUGGCACGGAGCCGGCCACUGCAAAUGGUUCAAUGUGAGGAUGGGCUUCGGGUUCAUCUCCAUGAGCAGCCGAGAGGGAAGCCCCUUGGAGUCCCCGGUUGAUGUCUUUGUGCACCAAAGCAAGCUCUACAUGGAAGGAUUUAGAAGCCUAAAAGAAGGAGAACCAGUGGAAUUUACUUACAAGAAAUCUUCCAAAGGCCUUGAAUCAAUACGGGUAACAGGCCCUGGUGGGACCCCCUGUUUAGGAAGUGAAAGACGACCCAAAGGGAAGACAGUACAAAAAAGAAAACCAAAGGGAGAUAGAUGCUACAACUGUGGUGGACUUGAUCACCACGCGAAAGAAUGUAGUCUACCUCCACAGCCAAAGAAGUGCCAUUACUGUCAGAGCAUCACGCACAUGGUGGCUAACUGCCCCCACAAAACUGUUUCACAACAGCCCACUAGUUCUCAGGGAAGACAUGAAGCUGAACCCCAGCCUUCCACUUCUGCUUUCCUGAGAGAAGGGGGAGGAACGUAUGGCUAUUCAUCUCCAUCAUAUUCUCAGGAGGGAAGGUCAGAGAUCUCAGAGCGUUCAGGCAGGUCGCCACAAGAAGCUUCUUCAAGACACUCUCCAGCUCCCACAAUAUGUUACUGUGAAGCAAUAGACGCAGUACCGAUAAAUGUUCCUGAACUCAUUCCCAGAAUCUGUUUUCAAACACGUUCAAAAAACAAACAAGAAAACCCAAGAAACCUCGCAAAAUGAAACAAACCAAAUCUGAAAAACCGCACGCAGAACUAAGAUAAAGACUGUUACUUUUCUUGUGAACCAAAGGAUAUGUUCAUAUUUUAAAGCUGCCAUAUGGUACUAAAGAUACUAAGACAUCCCCCAACCACCAAUUUGAGUUACUUUCUUUGUCAUCUCCACAAAGCAUAACUUUCCCCUUUCCCACCCCUCCACCCCCAUGCCUUGGAAGGGCAGUGUCACAACUAAACAUGGCUCUCAUUGCCACCAUCCUUUGUUGGUAAGGAGUUUAAUGCUCCGGAAAAGACAAUGAAUGUGUAGUUUCUGUGCUGGUUUCUCAGAAUGUUUUGCUAAAGUAAUAUGGGUGGAACUGUGAUUUAGAUGACUGUUGUGUAGGGGAGACUAUGUAAGUUGUUGAAGAACAAACCUCUUUGAGUGGUAUCGGGAUACCAUCCUGUAGAACCUUUUGUAUUCUGUGAACAUUUAGGGGACCUUGGUGGCAGUAGCAGCAGCAGCAGCAACUUCUCUUGGUCCCAAGUAGCGCCCCGCAAUUUGAAGGGACUUCCCCCUUAUUUACUGUUGGGAGAAUUGCGUAGGGAUUUUUGUUGUUGUUGUCUGUUUUUGUUUUUAAAGAAAACAAAAUGCAAAACUGAUAAGAUCCUGGGAUAAAUAGUUUCUUAAGAAUAAAGGUAGAUAGGUACUCAUAGUUGCUCAGCCAGCCUCUCUUUCUGAUGAUACGGCACGUGUACAUUAAAGGACAGGUGCCUGCUGCAUGCAAGCCUUAGUGAAGGCACCUGCCAACCUGGCAGAAGCUGUGGGCAUCACCUGCUUCUUGUGAACAGGAGACUGCUGCUGACCAGCCAUGGUCUUGUGUGUGCUGGGACCACACACUUCUGCAUUACAGAGGAGGAAGACUGGUGGCCUCAGAGUGAGACUCCCUGGGCUGCAGCCCUUGCUGGGGUUAAUAGAGUUGGAGCCUGUCAGAACUUCAAGUCACUUUCCAUUUGUAACAUCUGCAUCACCACGUCAUACGUACGAUAACAUACUUUGACAAAUCCCAUUGCAGAUGUAAGUUAAUUAGAGAAACGUAUAUAAUCCUUAGCAUUGGCAAUAAACACAGGCUGUUAAAGCUUGCAAGAGUCAGGUAGGUUUAAGCUAAGAUAAUCAAACUGAAGAAACAGCCCACAUGGGAGGCUGCAGUGAGCCCAAGUCCCAGAUGUGGUAGCUGGCGCAGCCGCUGGUUACAGCAGGCUCACUGCGUGGCUGUUCCCUUCCCAUUUGUCCUGCCGGGUGAGACUUGUACUGUUGCUGCUGCUGCUGCUUCGGUAAAAAGGCAGUAAGCAAAAGCCUCGGCGAAGGGCACCAUUUCCAGACAAUUAUUUUGUGUGAAUUCCUUGCUCGUGUUUGGGAGAAUAUCAAUGGGUUAUACUGAAGUUCUCAGUAUGCUAAUGCAAAGCUUACCUUUGACGAUAUUGAAUGUGAUAUAUCUAUAGAGAACUUCCUUGCCUUACGUGAGGAUAGUAAACCUAUUUAAAUUAUGUAGACAAAUCAAAGUGGCAUUGCUUAACCUUCUAGCCGGUGUAAAAACCCAGGUUAAACAGCAAAGAUGCAAAACUUAGGUCACUUUGAAAGUUUAAACCAAAGUUCCUUAUAGAAAUAGGCAAUUGUGGAUUUGAGAACUGGUCAUUCCCUGUUUAUAUGUAAGAAGUUCAGAGCUGAGAUGAGGAAAUAUUUUCAGUGUGCAGAUUUUUAUUGGUGCUGUUUGAAAUCACUGUGUGUACCAAAGUCAGACUGAGCUGCAAAGAU